AUGUUCAGUUGGACGUAUCUCGACGUUGCGCUGCUCUGCCAUCCUCUUUUCGCUUUCGUUACCGUUCGACAGACCAAAAUGCGUAAUAAGCAGUCUAAUCUGCAGUACUUCGCGUUCUCGUUCCUCGUACUGUUUGUCCUGCGAUAUGCAUUUUCGAACUAUUUCGCCCUUCCGAGCGAGCUUCUGUUGCCAGUAUGCAAUACAGUGGACCAGCCAAAUCCAAUCGCAUCGAUAUAUCCCAACAACGCUACUGGCACCCUCAAUGGAACCAUAGCGGUCCUGCCCAUCUCUUUGAAACUAGCGCGACAGCUCAUUCCUCCGCAAUACGGAAUUCUCGAGCAUGCGUACCGAGCUCUGCUACCGUCCUUCCCCAAAGGCAUGUAUCCGGCAAUCGUGCAAGCGCUGCAUGACCACGAAGUGCAAGCGUUCGGGUAUAAGAUCGAGGACUUCACCCGCACUGGGAUCGAGUUUCCCUUCGUCGAUAUGCUAAACGACAACCACACAUCCUUCAAGUGGGCGCCCACACUGCUCAUGACCGCCGGUCACGAGAUCGCACUGAAAGGAGCCGAGGACUAUGGCACUAACACCUUGCCCGCCACAUUUGAACCAGGCUGCGACGCCUAUCGAUCCGUCCCCAAUUCCAAGAGAGCAGGCACGACGUACUUCGGCGCACGGAGUCUGGAGGCGGGCGCCGCAUCCCUUAGCACGCUAUUCUCUUCGACUGAGGAAGAAAUGUUCCCAUUGGAGUUCUUCAAGAACUUCACUAAUCAGCCUACGUUUGCUGACGGCAAGACGUGCGACAAUAUGAUCCGCCUUUUCAACACCUCGGUCUCGACGGCGCCCAAUCGCAUUGAACGCGUCAAGGGCACCGUGCGAGCGCACAUUUAUCCCUUUUCUGGCGAACAGGAGUGGAGAAAUGUGUACGGCCUGCGAUUGGACACCUCAUUUAUCGAGAACAAUUACCUGAGCUGCGAGAGCUUCCGCGGAUACGGCGACCCUUGA